AUGCUCAUUACCGGGAACGAUCAGCCAACCAUACAGCACACCAUCACCAAGCUGCAGGACACCUUUUCCCUCAAGGAACCGAAGCCUCUCUCGCUGUUCCUGGGCAUCAGAAUCUCCCACAUGCCCAACGGCAUAUUCCUCGACCAACAGCAAUACGCCCACGACAUCCUCAACUCUAGCGGCUUCCUCAACUGCAAACCUAUACUCACCCCCUCUACAACGGCAUUCUCCCUUGAGGCCGCCUCCGCAGCUUUGUCCAUUACUCCCACUCACUACAGACAACUCGCCGGAUCGUUGCAAUAUCUAACUAUAACUCGACCCGACAUAGCUUUCGCAACGAAUCAGCUCUGCCAACAUAUGCAUGACCCUCAGCCCAUACACCUCAAACGACUCAAGCGUCUGCUCCGGUACAUCAAAGGCACCAUCUCCUACGGACUUCCCCUUAUUCGCAGUAGACUCAUCCUUCAAUCAUACGUCGACGCCGACUGGGCCACGGAUCAGACUGAUCGGAAAUCCAUCUCCGGCUUUUGUACCUUCCUCGGACACAAUCUAAUCUCCUGGUCAGUUAAAAAGCAGGUAACGGUCGCCCGAUCCUCUAUCGAGGUCGAAUACAGGGCAUUGGCCUCAGCAACUUCAGACGUGCUCUGGCUCCGCCGUCUCCUCGUCGACUUCGACGCAGCUCAAACCUCUCCCACCAACAUCUUCUGCGAUAACAUCUCAGCGAUGACCCUUGCAAACAAUCCUGUAUUCCACGCAAGGACCAAGCAUAUAGAGAUAGAUUAUCACUUCAUCAUCCACCACAUCAGAUCCAAAGAAAUCUCCGUCGAACAUAUUCACUCGGCCGAUCAACCGGCCGACAUUCUCACCAAAUCCCUCUCGGUAACCAGAUUCCAAGAACUUCGAUCCAAACUCACCAUCGUCCCAAACGACGGUGCGUUUGCGGGGGGCUGUAAGCAACCAUCAUCAUGUGCCCACGACACCUUCCACCUGACUGCAGCAGCUCCACUCACCUGA